AUGGCGGAUCAGCUAGCAGACAAGCUGAAAUCCACCCAACUCAGUGACGGUUCUCCCGGCGCGAGUGACGAGUGGAAAAAGAAUCUCAACCUCCCCGCCAAAGACAACCGACAACAAACAGAGGAUGUUACAAACACAAAGGGCCUGGAGUUCGAAAACUUCGCCCUUAAGCGAGACCUGCUCAUGGGUAUUUUUGAAGCAGGAUUCGAAAAGCCAUCACCGAUUCAAGAGGAAUCUAUCCCCGUCGCAUUAACUGGCCGAGAUAUCCUUGCCCGUGCAAAGAACGGCACUGGCAAGACAGCUGCCUUUGUCAUCCCCACUUUGGAACGCAUCAACCCCAAGAUUUCUAAGAUCCAGUGUCUUAUUCUUGUCCCCACACGUGAGCUUGCCAUGCAGACCUCGCAAGUCUGCAAAACUCUGGGUAAGCACCUCGGUAUCAAUGUCAUGGUCACGACUGGUGGCACUGGCCUUCGAGAUGAUAUUAUUCGCCUUCAGGAUCCUGUCCAUAUUGUGGUUGGUACCCCAGGCCGAAUUCUCGAUCUCGCUGGCAAGAAUGUUGCCGACCUUAGCGAAUGCCCCAUGUUCAUCAUGGACGAAGCCGAUAAGCUUCUAUCCAUUGAGUUCACCCCUGUCAUCGAGCAGCUCCUGCAAUUCCACCCCAAGGACCGACAGGUCAUGCUUUUCUCCGCCACCUUCCCGCUGUCCGUCAAGGACUUCUCCGAUAAGAACAUGGUCAGCCCGUAUGAGAUUAACCUAAUGGAUGAGCUCACACUGAGGGGUAUUACCCAAUACUACGCUUUCGUCGAAGAGAAGCAAAAGGUCCAUUGCUUGAACACUCUCUUCUCCAAGCUCCAAAUCAACCAAUCCAUCAUUUUCUGCAACUCCACGAACCGAGUCGAACUUUUGGCAAAGAAAAUCACAGAGCUUGGCUAUUCUUGUUUCUACAGUCAUGCAAAGAUGCAGCAACAUGCACGAAACCGCGUUUUCCACGAUUUCCGUAACGGUGUCUGCCGAAACCUUGUGUGUUCCGACUUGCUCACCCGUGGUAUUGACAUUCAGGCCGUCAACGUUGUCAUCAAUUUUGAUUUCCCCAAGAAUGCCGAGACUUACCUCCAUCGUAUCGGUCGAUCCGGUCGUUACGGCCACCUUGGUCUGGCUAUUAACCUGAUCAACUGGGACGACCGCUUCAACCUUUACAACAUUGAGCGAGACCUCGGCACCGAAAUCCAGCCUAUCCCCGCCAGCAUCGACAAGAGCCUCUAUGUUUACGAGAACCCCGAGUCGAUCCCUCGACCCAUUUCAAACCUCCAAAGGGGCCAACUACCUGCUGCUCAGGGUCAGCAGCCUCCUCAACAGCAACAGCAAUACCAGCAGCCUCAGCAGAUGCAGCAGGCUGGUCUGCCUCAGCAAGGCCAGGGCAACUGGCAGAGCCAGAACCCUCAGCACGGCAAUCCGCACUAUAACAAUGGCGGACGAGGCCGUGGUGGACGUGGACGUGGAUAUCGUGGCCGCGGUGGCCAAGGCACAGGCGGUCGAGGUCGCGGCCCGCCCCGCGAUGUCCAAUCCUAA